CUAAUCGGCGCUUAGUCACAGGUUGCCAUUGCCCCAGCGCAGACACGGAAAUGGACGACACGGACUUUUCGCUCUUCGGCCAGAAGAACAAGCACAAAAAAGACAAAGCAGAUGCCACACAGAUCGCCAAGACGCCCACUUCGGAGGCGGAUCUGAAGCGCAUCAUCAUCUCGAGGCCCACGGUGGACGACACCUACGAGAACUGUGCACACGCCGGCAUUGCAGUGAUCCUCAAUCACAAGGAUGUCAAGGGGCAGAAGCAGCGCGUGGGCACCGAACGGGAUCGCGACGACAUGCAGCACACCCUGCAGACCUUCGGCUUCGAUGUGCGGGCCUACAACGAUCUGACCUUCUCCGAAAUCAACGACAUGCUCAAGGAGGUGGCACGCGAGGAUCAUAGCGAUAAUGAUUGCUUUGUGCUCGUUGUGAUGUCGCAUGGCACCGAGGGCAAGGUCUAUGCGAAGGACAUGUCCUAUCCGGUGGAGCGUCUGUGGAACCCCUUCCUGGGCGACAACUGCAAGACGCUGAAGAACAAGCCGAAGCUCUUCUUCAUACAGGCCUGCCGUGGCGAGAAUCUGGAAAAGGCUGUGGAGUUCACCUCGUUUGCGGUGAUGACCAGAGAACUGGCACCCGUCGCAGCGGCGCCCGUGCAGCCGAUCACCUAUGCCAUACCCAGCACGGCGGAUAUGCUCGUAUUUUACUCCACCUUCGACAAAUUUUUCUCAUUUCGUAAUGUGGACGAUGGCUCGUGGUUCAUUCAGAGUCUGUGCCGUGUCCUGGACAUGGCCGCCUUCAAUGAGGCGGGCCAACCGGACGGCGUCGAACUGCUGCGCCUGCUGACGGCCGUCAAUCGAAAGGUCGCCUACGAGUACCAGUCGAAUACGAAGAACGAGGCCCUCAAUCAAAUGAAGGAAAUGCCCAACUUUAUGUCCACGCUGACCAAAACCUUUCAGUUGCGUGUGAAGCCAAAGACCAAGACCUGACACCGGACAGCACGAAAUCACCAACGCAGCUGACUCACGAUGCCCCAAAGCAGGGGGGGGACACAACACAGCAAACCUUUCACAGAGUAUACAUAAAUGUUUGCAAUUUGUUUAUAAAUAUAUACACACACAUGUA